AUGGAACCCGAUAAACGAAAAUAUGUUUCCGAUGAGGGGGAUCCAUCAAAUCCCUCUUCCUCCAAGAAAAGGGUCAUCGGCCCCGCUUUACCACCAAUAGCACAGUCUCCCGAAUCCAAGGACUCAUCUGCUGAGAGCGACACGGAUAGUGAUGACGAUUUUGGACCUAGCAUGCCUCCACCUCAUGGUGCUUCCGUGGGGCACCAGCAGGCAACAUUGCCCGAGGAAAACUCAUUCGUGUCUGAUCAUGCCACGAAGGAGAGCCAACGGGAUCAGUGGAUGCUACAUCCACCUGAACAAAGUGAUUGGGCUACCAAGAUCGACCCGACACAAUUACGGAAUCGAAAGUUUCAGACCGGGAAGUCUGCCCGCACAGCAGCCUCUAAGAAGGUCGAUGCUUCGUGGGUUGAAACUCCCGAGGAGAGGAUACGGAGGCUCGGGGACGAGAUGAUGGGUGUAGGGGCCUCUUCAAAAGGUUCAAGCAACUCAGCCUCUAACUCUGAUUCCCGUCGGACUCAGGCCAUGGAAGAGAGGAUCAAGAAGUUUAAUGAUCAAACUGGGAAAGCUAUUCGACUAGAGAAACCAACCCAUGAUCCUAAAGAGGUCGAAGAUGAUCCGUCCACACGUGCGUUUGAUCGGGAGAAGGAUAUGGGGGUUUCAUCAAAAAUAUCUAGUGCACAGCGGCGGGAAAUGGUUAAUCGAGCUAGUGACUAUAGCUCCCGCUUUAGUAAGGGUAACUUUUUAUAG